CGGAGCGCGAUCCAAAAAUACCGACACUACGCAGCCGGGCCGGGCACGCAGCAGUGAGCAGUGUAGCCCCAUUUCCACGCGUCACACUCGUUCGAUUUUCAAAAUCCCAUUUAAACCGCGUAUAUUUCAGCUUGAAAUCAGAAAAUUCGAUAUUCAAAUAGUUCGAUAGUGUUAAAGUGGCUCAAACGACAUCCAGGAUUCGAUAUUUAUGGAUAUCCAAAACACUAUAUUCAAACAGUUCAUAUUGUUGAAUUAGGUCUCGUGUUAGGCAUCCCUAAUUGGAUUAUUUAUCAGUUCUAUAGUGUUAAAAGCUGUUAUUUAUUGACAUCAAGAAUUCGACAUUUAAACAGUUCAAAGUGUUGCAUUGUGUUCCGAGAACCGAUAUUCAGUUUUCGAUAUUCAAAAAUUUUUCGUUUACCGACAUUAAUUCGAUAUUCAAACAGUUUGUUAGUGUUGUCGAUAUUCAAAUAGUUCGAUAGUGUUUUAUUAGAUCCGGUUUGUCGACAACUUCGCAUGUGCAGUGCAGUUUUGAGUGCCUCACGUCAUACGGAUGUGGCGAUGUCGCCCACCGCCAUCGGCGGCGAGUUGCCCCAGUGGUGCGGGAAGACUGAGAGCUGCCCACAGGCCUUGCUAGGUUGGCUCUAUCUGACCCACGAUCAAAACGAUCAGUGGGUGCCAGGCUCAGUAUGGGGUCCCCUGCCAACAGCGGCGACUGGCACCACGCAGCAAGCAGACGACACCAGCUCACUGGCAGAUCAACUGGCAGCGAUGUCGCUGCGCCGGCCGCCGCGACAUCCGCCGCCGGCUUACAUGUGUCACUUGUGCUUCAAGAAAGGUCACUACAUUGGCGACUGUCCACAGGCUCGACCGAAAGGCGAAGGUUUGACUCCGUACCAAGGAAAGAAACGCUGCUUCGGCGAGUACAAAUGCCCGAAGUGCAAGCGCAAAUGGAUGAGCGGGAACUCUUGGGCAAACAACGGCCAGGAAUGCAUCAAAUGUCGGAUCAACGUCUUCCCGCACAAACAGAGGCCUUUGGAAAAGCCUGACGGCCUGGACGUGAGCGACCAGUCCAAGAUUCAUCCCCAGCAUCUCUGCCAGAAGUGUCGCUCACUAGGCUUCUACUGUCGCCGGGAAUAUUGAACUUUAAUGCACAAUUGACCACGCGGUAGCCAUCUGGCAAAAACUAAGGGCUUCAUCGAAAUUUUAUAUGUCCAUAUAUAUUUCAUUGAGAUUUCAUAUUGUUCAUUUGA